AUGUCACGUCUGGACAGCGGACGUGACUCCUUGAUAGGCGGGCCGAUGUCUCCUCUCUCCGGUGAGCCGUUUUAUAGAAAUUUAAGUGCUGGGUCGGUAUAGGGGAGAUAAUGGGCCUAUUGGGCUGAUUUUUAGCGGGCCGAUCUCAUAACGGGCCAUCCAGACGGGAAUCAUCGGCCAGCUUGCACGUGCGUAUGUCACGUGUCGUCAUCUUCUCAAAAAGCCCGCGCUGCGGUGUCUGGUGCUCUGGAAACCAGAAGGCUGGUGUCCGGCGUGACGGAGCUGCGAGAGCCUUGCUGUUGCCGGCGGAUGGAAUCUGCCGAGAGGGGAACAUCGAUCCUCGAGUCCUCAAUGAUACCGCACUCUGUGGAAGCAGGUACUCGAUCACUCUGCCUCGUUUCUUCGGAUAGAAUAUUUGGUGUCGGUCACUUCCACGAGUUGGAUUCGAGUGAUUUUCCCCGUUCUCUCCGGAUUUUGCUUUUUCUUCUUCUAUGUCUCUCUGCUUUCGAUUUAAGAAUGCACGUACCAUUAACGAAACCCGUCAAAUGCUUGGAUAGCCAGGCAAGUGUUCCUGCUACUCCACUCCAUUCCUUUAGAAGCAGCGGAUGCUUACAAAUAGCUACUACAUUAUUUUUUCACUCAGACGUCGGGGCGCUGCGCCUCUUCUUUCAGAAGGCAGAUGAUCCGCGGUGAUCUUCCUCAUCUUGAAUCGAUAAGAUACCGGUUGCUGGAUUGA